AUGGUAAACCCUCCUUUUCUUAAAACUGCGGCGCUAGUAUCAACGGUGUUUGCGACGAUUAAUGCCGAGCUCGAAUUUGUCAAACUCACUCAUCCAAUGGGCUCAUGUGUUGAGAUUUUUAAAUUUGGUGCACAUGUUAAGUCGUUCCAUCCUGCUAUGGACCCAACGCUUGAUAUUCUCUUCAUGUCAAAAGAGUCAUUUCUAAACGGCAAAGACCCUGUUCGUGGCGGCAUUCCCAUCAUAUUUCCAAACUUUGGUAGCGCUAAGGGAUUACCCAGUCACGGUUUUGCUCGCAUCACUAAUUGGACUCUUUCAAAUCAUGAGAACUCUAAGGAUAAAAAGAAACCCAGUGUGGCUAAUUUCACGAUGGCUUCAAGUGAAGAAACCCUCAAGAUAUGGCCUUCAGACUUUGAGCUAACGUACGAGGUAAAAUUAUACCCAAACCAACUUACGACGGCUUUGCAUGUACACAACAAGCACAAGGAGACCAUUAAAUUUCAUGCAUUGCUACACAAUUAUUUGUGGGUGGAUGAUGCUCGUAACAAGGGUGUACAAGUUCAUGGUCUUAAGAACGUGGAUUACUACGAUAAGGUGGCUAAGGCUAACAAGACAGAGACCCGCGACUACAUUGACUUUAAAAGUCAGACCGACAAUGUCUACAGCAACGCUCCAGACAAGAUCAGCGUGCUCAUCAAGGGCAUUAAAUUUGAGGAUCGUACAGUCACAAUUGAUAAAGCGGGUUCUAUUAGUGUGGCCGGUAAGAGCAGCUCAAAAACUAAGACUGACGUUGUUGUGUGGAAUCCAUGGGCCGAUCGUGCGAAAACCAUGGAAGACUUUGGUGAUGAAGAAUACAAGAAUAUGGUUGCAGUUGAGCCAGGUCGCGUAUCAGUACAGCAGGAACUGCCUGCUGGCCAGACGUACACGCUGAAGGAAACCAUUUCGGUCAUAAAGCUCUAA